AUGGUGUUGGUGGCCAUGGUGGGGGUGGUUGUGGUGGUGGUGGUGGUGGUUGUUGAUAUGGUUGUGGGGGUGCUCGCCUUGGUUGUCGUGGUGGUGUUGGUGCUGGUGGUGGUAGGCGUGGUGGAUGUGCAUGGUGGUGGUUAUGGUCGUGGGAAAGGUGGUGUUGGUGGAUGUGUUGGUAGUGGUGUUGGUGGUGAUGGUGGUCGUGGUGGUGGUUGUGGUGUUGGUGGUGAUUGUGGACGUGGUGGUCGUCACGGGGUUGGGGGUGGUUACCGUGGUGGUAGUGGCCAUGGUGGUCGUGGUUAUGGUGGUGGUGGUGGUAAUGGUGGUGGCAGUGGUGCAGGUGGUGGCAAUAGUGGUGGUGGUUGUGGUUUUGGUGGUGGUGGUGGUGGUGUUAAUUGUGUUGGUAGGGGUGGGGGUGCGGGUGGCAGGGUGGUGGUGGUCAUUAUUUUGGUGGUGGUAGUGGUGAUUGUGAUCAGUGUGGUGGUGGUGGUGAUUGGGAAUUGGUGGUGGUGGUGA